CUUUUUCAGAGAGGAUUUAGCGAUAAGCGGUGGAGACUGGACAUAGAGAGGAGCGAGGAAGAGGAGGAGAUGAAUACUAGAGUUCGGACUGCGGUGCAGGGCAUGAGAGCUCCUCCGAAGCACGAUAAAGUAGGCUUCUUUGGCGCUAAUCCGAGUUGGUCUGUCUUUUCUUUGGGUUUUGUGGCGUUUUGUCUCGGAAAAAAGUGGCUUCUUUCAUGCAAUCGAGGGACGUCCCCUGGGUUUUUUCUCGGUCACCGAUGGUUCUUUUCUGAAAGGAAGAUUGGAUUUCUUUAAUGGUUUGUGGAAUAUAGAUUAAGUUGGCGGUUUUGAUCAAAAUUCGAAAUGGGUUCGGUGAUUUCGAUCGCAAAGUCCACUCCUUUGAGGAAUGAAAUGGCCUCAGAUUGGAAUUCGAAAUUGGAGAUGGAGAAGGAGAAGAAGACUGAGGUGCAGGGAAGUAGAUUGAUGGAUGCAAGGAAGGGGCUCAAUCAAUGCCAGUCCAGAAGAGAGAGGAAGAUUGCAUUGCAGCAAGAUGUUGAUAAGCUAAAAAAGAAGCUUAGACAUGAAGAGAAUGUCCACAGAGCUCUGGAGAGGGCUUUCACUCGACCUUUGGGUGCUCUUCCUCGACUUCCGCCAUAUCUCCCUUCAUAUACUCUAGAGCUGCUGGCUGAAGUAGCUGUUUUGGAGGAAGAGGUGGUUCGGCUUGAAGAACAGGUGGUGAAUUUCCGGCAAGGCCUCUAUCAGGAGGCCAUUUACGUCUCAUCCUCCAAGAAAACCAGGGAAAGCAAUUCUGAUUCGUAUUGUGAUCGAAACCCAUAUCAGAAUUUCAAAACCAUGGAGCAGGCGAAACCUUUUGCCCGCUUAGCUUAUGCUGAAGAUUCAAACAUCAGCAAGACUUCGGUCUCGAUGAGGUGGUCUUUGGAUGCGGAUUCAAAUCGGCCUUCCUCUAAUCGGUUUGCCGAUGGCAAAAAGGCACCCAAGAAACCAAAGUCUUCUUUGGCCUUGCCAGAGGAUUGCCGUGGAAAAGAGAACCAGUUGAAUACCAACUCUGCUGGGAAUUGCAAGCAAUCACCAGUAAAGAAAGUUUCAAAAAUAACAAUGCCUGCACCGGUGGAAAAGCAUUCAGAUGCCAAGACAGGCUGCCAAGUGAUGACUAGAGAAGGAGUUGAAGAGGGCUUUCGUGCUGCUUCUGAUAAGGCAGCAUCAGAUGAUUCCAGCGGCCCGAACAAAUUAUCUGAGGAUAUCCUAAACUGUAUUGUAAAUAUUUUCUCACGGAUGAGUUCGCCAAAGAACACAAUGGAAGACCUGGAGAUGUCUCCAUCUGUUUCUGGUUCUUCUGUAAGUUCAGAGGAGACCGACUUUCGAGAUCCUUAUGGUAUCUGUUUGGAAUUUGGAAGAAGGGAUAUUGGCCCAUAUAAACAUUGCCGUGCAGUUGAAGCAAGCUCAGUCGAACCGAAUGUUAUCACGAGUGCUCCAUUACUUACUCGUAGACUAAAUCAUUUACUCAGAAAGCUUGCAUUGGUGGAUUUGUCGAGGCUUACACACCAGCAGAGGCUUGCUUUCUGGAUCAACACUUAUAAUUCAUGCAUGAUGAAUGCAUUUCUAGAGCAAGGGAUACCUACUAAUCCUCAGAUGGUUGUCACUCUGAUGCAGAAGGCUCUGAUUAAUGUGGGUGGCCACUUGCUCAGUGCAAUGACAAUCGAGCAUUUCAUUUUGAGGUUUCCCUAUCACUCAAAACAUGCCUACCCAAAAGGAUCAAAAAGUGACGACAUUACAACAAGAGGCAUAUUUGGUUUGGAGUGGCCUGAACCCUUGGUAACAUUUGCGCUCUCAUGUGGAAGUUGGUCCUCCCCUGCUGUAAGAGUUUACACCGCGUCUCAGGUCGAGAAUGAGUUGGAAACAGCCAAAAGGGAUUACUUACAAGCAGCAGUUGGUAUAUCCACACCAAACAAGUUGGCGAUUCCAAAGCUGCUAGAUUGGUACCUGCUUGAUUUCGCAAAGGAUGUGGAGUCACUGAUGGACUGGAUUUGCUUACAACUACCAAGUGAAUUGAGGAAUGAUGCAGUUAAAUGCCUUGAGAUGGGAAGAAGAAGUGCAAUUCCACAGCCUAUACAAGUCCUUCCAUAUGAGUUCAAGUUCAGGUACCUAUUGGCCCCAUAGAGUAUUCUCUCUGCGUCCUCCAUAGUUCAUGGACUGAAGGUUUUUGUACACAUCUUUAUAAUAAAACAGGUUGAAAAUGCAGAGCUUAUUUAUUUGUCCUAUUUGGCAAAUGUUUUUUUUACCGGUAAAUCAGAAUGGGGUUUUAGCUCUUCA